UCAGUCAGACAAAGGCAAACAGUCCGCUUGUGAUUGAAAUCUAGUAAAAGGGCCGGGCACUCCUGCUACAAUCUGGUGGUUGAUCGAUGUGUUGCUCCUGUUAAUAAGUGGUUUUCCCCCGCCACACGCUGUUUUGUGGUGGUGCAAUAUUAAAGGGUCAAGUGUAAGGAGGCACAUCGAGAUAGCUAGCUACAUAAGGAUGUCUCAUUACACAGACGAGCCUCGCUUCACCAUCGAGCAGAUCGACCUGCUCCAGAGGCUGCGGCGUACGGGCAUGACCAAGCAGGAGAUCCUCCACGCCCUGGACACCCUAGACCGGCUGGACCGCGAGCACGGGGACAAGUUCGGCCGUCGCACCUCCUACGGAGGAGGAGCAAAUAGCUCUGUGUCCGACCCCAAUAGCACCACCACAAACAACAACACUGCCUCUGUUUCUGCCGCCACCACCUCCUCAACAACAUCCUCUUCCUGUAGUAGUAAUAAUAAUAAUGGCGCCAGUGGUAUUGGGAGCAGUAAUGUUACCAACACCGCCCUGGCCUCAUCCUCCACCAACUCUACCGCCACACAGACACAGUACCUCCCUCCACGUGGAGGGCUCUCCCCCUCGCCUAGCAACAGCUACGACACCUCCCCACCACCCGGGCCGCCCCCGCCCUCUGCCAUCCUCUCGUCCCCGGUGUCGCUGGUCGCCAUGGUGCAGAACGGGGGGCGGGACAGCCUAGCAGCAACGCCCAAUGGGAAGCUCUCGCCGCCUCGGUACCCAAUGAAUAGUGCUGCUGCCGUCAGGCCGUUCGGGUUCGAGGCCACGGAGGAGGAGCUGGACAUUGAUGACAAGGUGGAGGAGCUCAUGAGGUCAGUGAUGAUGUCACGGUGGGGUCAAUAG